AGAGAGGACCCUUCACCGGAUUCGUUUCUUGUCCGAUUGUGAUCUGUCUCGCCCCAUGUUGUCUGGAAUUGCUACCUUCCUAGAACCUCCAGCUUAUCCUGCCAUUACUCUUCUUUAUUAUUAUGCCAUUUUUGUCUAAUUAUCUUGCUUCUUUUUUCUUUUUUCUUUUUUUUUCUCAUUACACCAACAUUUGCAGAGAUUUUCCUUUUCCUUUUUAAUAUAUUUUUUUUGGUAUUAGAACUUAGAAUAUUUUAAGUCGUGAGCAGGUAAAAUAGCAGCAAUCGAUUGGGGUUUAUGCAUUUUCCUUACUUGGAAAUUCCAUAUGCCUCAAAAAAUGGAAAAUAAGACUAAUUGCUAGCUGUAUCUCUUCAAUGUAACCUCACAUUUCCCAUUCUCUUCAAGUGCUUGCUUGACAUUCACUUGUUUAUUUUUAUACACUCAUUCAGUGAAAAAGAAACUUGGGAAAUGUUGUCUGGAAAAUUCAUGUGAAUUUGCAGAUGUGAAAACUAAAGACAUAUAUGGGGGAUGUGAAAUAAGGUUUGGAAUUAUGUUAAUAAUGGACAAUGUUGGUUGUUGUUAGAAAAGUACAAAUGGGGAGGAUGUGGAGAGAAGGACACAGGAGGAGGAGCCCUCGAAUAUCUGCUUUAGAUGCGAGGAAAGCUCAGCCAUCGAGGUCUUCUGUUGCUGUCACCAAGUGUAGUACCACUAGUGUUACUAGUACUAGCACUAGUUUACACGUAGAGCACCAGCAAAAGAAACGUCGCCCUGGGGGCAACGGUGAGGGUCCAGCCUCCCGUACCAGGGCCAAGAAGAAGAGGAAGCUCAGACCUCUUCAAGAUGUGGCUUCUCCUCCUUCCAGUGCUCAACAGGAUCUCAAUUCCAGUGAUGUACAGGAGGGGAGACAAACAAGUAAUGAAGAUCUUCUAAAAAAUAGUGAUCAACCCAUUGUGCAAAGUAAAGAUAGCACAAACAAUGGAGAUCGAGUUACCAAGCCAGGUCAACCGCUAUCUGCACUUUGUGUGUCACUGAUGCCAAAAAAACACAUACUUGAGCUUGUUCUAGACAUAUUGCAGAGGAGAGAUACUAAUGAAAUAUUUGCAGAACCAGUUGACCCAAAUGAGGUAGAAGAUUACUAUGAAAUCAUCAAAGAGCCUAUGGAUUUUGGGACCAUGAGAGCUAAACUUCAUGAAGGAAUGUAUAAUAGUCUUGAACAAUUUGAGCAUGAUGUGUUUCUAAUACCUAGAAAUGCAAUGCAAUUUAAUUCCUCAGGUACAAUUUUUUUCAGACAGGCUCGUGCCAUUGAUGAACUAGCUAAGAAGGUUUUUUAUGUUCUUAAAACUGAUCCUGAAAAUUUUGAAUUGGAAUUUUCGGGAACAAGACGGCGACUAAUGAGCAGAAGAGCCAAAGAUGAAGCUAAGCGUUCAAAUUAUAGCUCAACUUCUAAACUUGCCUUGAAUUCAAGAUCCAAUAGUAUGGCACUCAGUGUGUCAGGAAAACCUAUGCUCAGUUCAGCAAACAGUACAGUGAAUUUAAGGCCAGCAAUGCAAGUAAUCCCUUGGUGCUCUGCCAGUGGUAUUACUGCUCAAUCAGACACAAGAGAUGUUGGAGUGCCUUUUGGAGGUGGAGAUGGUAGUGGAUCCAGUUUUUCAGAAGCCAAUAGGCGUUGUACAUAUAAGCCUCAGUUGUCAAUCCUUAAUGAGAAUCAUUCAAUUGUUUCGACCAUUUACAGUAAUUGCAAAGUACUAAUGCAUGUGAAUCAGCAGGAUAUCGGUUAUUGCAAAAGCUUAAUGUUGUUUGUUAAAGAUUUAGGGCCAAAAGUUAAAAUGAUUGCACAACGCAAGUUAAAUGGAUGGCCAACUGAAUCUAACAAUUAUCUGUAUUCAGCUUCAAAUUUGCCUAAGACUCCAAACUGCAAGAAUCAUGUGACCACCAGCUUUGCCCAGUGGAUAUCCACUUCUAUGGAUACUUCAAUAACCAUUCAAAAUUCUCAAAAUUUAAGCAGUGGUGACAGAAUUGACAUGUGCGAUGCUUAUAGAAGGGAGAGAUCUUCUGGUGACAAAAUGAAAAUCGGUGAUGCUUCAAUGGAAAUGGCAUCACAGGUUCAUGAUAGUACCAUUGGAGCCGUUGGACUCGAGGCUCUGAGCAGCAAUGAUACAGAGGUCGUAGGUAUUUCUAAGAGUGACAAUUUUCAACAGAAUCAGAAUGGUAGGAUUCAAAAUGGUCUGCAUUCAUCCAUUGCUAAUCCAAGAGAUCUGCAUCCUUUAUUUGCUGGGUUAAACAACAAGAACAAGAAGUCGACAAAAUUGAAACCAGAGAAAAGCAAGAUGGAUGAUAAAUCGCAAUCAUGGCAUUCAGCUUGCAAGGUUUCUCAGUCAAAUGUUUUGGAAUGCAGGUUAAGUGACAGUUACAGCUUUUCAUCAUCUUCCUGGCCCUUAGAGACCCUGGCCUCAGGUACAUCAGGUUUUGAUCAAACUGUCGGCUCCAUGAAUAAUCUCAGUUCACAGUAUCUGAAAGGUUAUAACCAAGCUGUAGCAGCUCAAGUUGCAACUCAUGAACUGGGUUGUUCAACUGGGACGGAUUGGUCAUUGAAAUCAAGCCAGGCCUCAACAACACCAAUUUCCCAGUUCAUUUUCAAUCUACCAUUCCUGAGGACAAGACUUGAUCAAAUGAAUCCUUUGGGACAGAAGAGAUUUCUGCAAGAGAGCUCAGGUGGCCAGGGGCAUAUUGUGAGCGAGACUUACCACGAUAACCCUCCACAUUCAUCAUUAGAUACGCUUACAAGCUUGGCUCUUCAGCUGUAAGAAAUAAAUGACACGUAUAUCGUCAAGAAACUACCCUUCUAAAACUUGCAAAUAUACUUGUAAAUCUCGUGGUCUGAAGGUUCCAUUUGGUUGCAGGAAAUCCUGAAUUUUUCUUUUUUUGGUA